CAGGAUUACAAAAUAUGCAUUAUCAUGAUAUUAAUUGCAAUUUUUGUUCCGGACGAUACCGUGUGCUCAUUAUCGGAAACUUGUAAGGAUCGUUGUUUCAAUCGCUUGUCCGAUAACGAGAAUGAAUGCCGAUGCGAUUACAGAUGCUCAUCGUACAAUAACUGCUGUGACGAUUACGUCGACAUUUGUCUUCAACAGGAUACGGCAAAAGUGAGCUGUUUUGGACGAUGUUAUGAACCCUCUACUGUUAACGUAAAGGGAAGAUGCGCCUGCGAUAAACAGUGCUCCAUAACCGAAAACUGCUGCGACGACUAUGUACCAGUCUGUGCAAGUUUGAUUACGUGCGAGAACAGAUGCGGUGCCCCAAGAGAUAUAACUCUUCAGUGUCAAUGUGAUGCCAACUGCAUGAAUAGAUUUGAUUGUUGUAUGAGAUAUGCCGUGGAAUGUGGAGGUAUUUCAGAAGAAACUUCAGCUGAUUCUAUACAUAGUUGCCAAGAUCGUUGCUUUGAGACAGAUACUACGAUUGAAUCAAGCUGUAGUUGCAAGUCUACAUGCCAGGAAUCUCAAACUUGUUGCCAUGAUUAUUUCUUCAAUGCUUGGAUACAACAGAAAACGGCAAUCAUGUUAAUAAUACAACCGAGGAGAUGGCAACAACCCAAUCGGGGGGCACAAGCACUUACAAAUUCACAAAACUCGGGAUCUGGACUGCAAUUUUUUCAAUCAUGAUGAUUUGUUCUGGUUGGGGGAACAAGAACUGAAAACACUGCUAGAACGGACUCUAAACUACUAGAAUGCAGUAUCUUGCUAUACCAAUUUCACAGACAUUUGAACAAACGAAAAUAGAGUUUGUAAUGAAACGUGUCUUACCAUUUUAUCACAUUACACAGUUUAUUUAUAUUUUGCCUCCUUGAAAAACGUGGUCUAUUUUCCAAAUUGCAAUUAUAAUAGAAUUCAACAUUUGAAAUAAAUUUUUCUCCAAAUGCUGAUAUUUCGACUAUCAAAAUGGCAUUCAUAA